AGCACUCACGCACUCCUUGAGAGCAUUACACAAACUAUGGGGUUGACUGAGACCACGCUGGUGUUGGUGUCUCUGGCCUUCUUCGCAAGCGCUGUGGCCCACAAUUGCCAAAACGGAACAAGACCCGCCUCGGAGGAAAAAAGAGAAGGCUGCGACUAUUACUGCUGGAACGCUGAGACCAAUUCAUGGGACAAAUUUUUCUUCGGGAACGGAGAACGAUGCUUUUACAACGAUGGUGGUGAGGGACUUUGUCAAAAUGGAGAAUGCCAUUUGACAACCGAUUCAAGUGUGCCCAAUGACACUGAUGUCUAAACUCCUGCUCCCACUGAAAAGCCGAAGCAAAAUAUGGAGAAACCGAAGAGGAGUAAGAAGCCUAAGGGCAACUCAACGAAAGAUUAGGAAGGAUACUUCUCAUUAAACGUCUUGAAACUAAACCAGGCUAAAUAAAGCUAAGGCACUGACUCUUUGCACUGUG